CAUGAGUCGGUAAAAGUAAAUAGUGAAGAUAACGUGUGAAAUGUGUUUAAUCAGACUGUCAGCUUGAAUAACUUUAUUUUAGUCAAGUCUUUUUUCGAAAUGAUCGCCCACUUGGAGUGCGACAACUGAGCAGAGCAUGGCGCUGACACCAGAGCUAGAGCUGGAGCUUGAUGAGGGCGUGGGCGUGGGAUUGAGCGUGACGCCGUCUAGCCUUGUCACAGCUUUGGCGGUGGUUAGCCUGGAUGAUGUGGAUGUGCCAGAGAAGAAACCACACUUCUUGGACUACGAUGCAGCGCCACCACCUGAAUACGAAGAGCCGGGCUAUGGCUACAGCGUAGCAGCAGGCGAGCAGCUAAAGAUGGACAAGAAGUAUGAGCGAGAUGGCGAGAUAAGCGACUAUGAGCUGGCCGCCUGUGGUUAUACCAAAAAGGAGUUCACCCAGGAUGAUAAUACGUUGCAUUUCAAUAGCAACAGUCAAGCUGGUGGUGGAAAUGUAAAGCCUAUCAAGCAUUUUCUGGAUGAGAAUCCCAUACCGCCGGACUACAUGUUGGCGCAGGAGCUGCGCGAGCAUCGCAGCCUCGAUCGCAACUUUGAGCGGCAGUCGGCGCAGCAGCAGCAGCUGGCAGAGCGUCAGACACUAGCGUCGUCAGCGUCGACAACUUCAUCAGCGGCAUCGACGCGCAGUUCGCGCUGCAAGGAACCUUCGUAUACAUUGUCGCGUUUCUUGGACACAGAUAUGCCGGCGCCGCCGCCAUUGGCGCCACGUAGCGCCUGGACCAGCACGGGCCAGCAGCUGGACGCCAGCUUGGGCGCCAAGGUGGAGUGCGUCUACUCCCUGCUGUCCAUGCUGGGCCAGAACGAUGCGCUGGAAAUGUCGAAAAAGUUUCUUGAGCUCUCUGGGAAUGCGCAGAGCUGCGCCACACUGCGACGCUCCGGUUGCAUGCCACUGCUGGUGCAGAUGAUGCAUGCCUCCGACAAUGAGCCAGAGGUGCGAAGAUGUGCUAGUCAAGCCCUGCACAAUGUGGUGCACAGUCAUCCGGACGAAAAGGCAGGCAGACGUGAGGCCAAAGUGCUGCGGCUACUUGAUCAGAUCAUAGACUAUGGAAACUUCUUGAAGACGCUGCUGCAGAGCGGCGGCGAAGCCAUCGCAGAUGACUCCGAACGACAUCCGCUGGCGGCCAUCAGCUCGCUCAUGAAGGUGAGCUUCGAUGAGGAGCAUCGUCAGGCCAUGUGCCAGCUGGGCGCCCUGCAGGUCAUACCCAAUCUGGUGCAAUUGGAUCAUGCAGUGCAUGGACCCAAGCCAGAGGAUCAAUGUUGCAACAGCCUGCGGCGUUAUGCGCUGAUGGCUUUGACCAAUCUGACCUUUGGCGAUGAGCAGAACAAGGCAUUGCUCUGCGGACAGAAGCAGUUCAUGGAGGCGCUGGUGGCGCAGCUGGACAUUACUGCCGCGGAUGAUCUGCUGCAAGUGACCGCCAGUGUCCUGCGCAAUCUCAGCUGGCGUGCGGAUGCGCAUAUGAAGACGGUGUUGAAUGAAAUUGGCACUGUCGGCGCCCUGGCCAAGGCGGCCAUGCGCAAUAAGAGCGAGAACACGCUCAAGGCAAUACUCUCCGCCCUGUGGAAUCUCUCGGCGCACUGCAGCACCAACAAGGCCGAGUUCUGCGCUGUGCCCGGCGCUCUGGGCUUCCUCGUGGGCAUGUUGAGCUACGAGGGGCCCAGCAAGACCCUGAAGAUCAUCGAAAAUGCCGGCGGCAUCUUACGCAAUGUCUCCUCCCACAUUGCCGUGCAUGAACCCUAUCGAGCGAUUCUGCGGCAGCACAACUGUUUGGCCAUUCUGCUGCAGCAGCUCAAGUCCGAGAGCCUCACUGUGGUCAGCAAUGCCUGCGGCACCUUGUGGAACUUGUCGGCGCGCUGUGCGCAGGAUCAGAAGUUCUUGUGGGACAAUGGCGCGGUGCCCAUGUUGCGCUCGCUGAUACACUCCAAGCAUGCCAUGAUUAGUGAGGGCAGCUCUUCGGCUCUGAAGAACUUGCUCAACUUUCGUCCUGCCCUGCAGCAGGCACAUCCGCUGGACGCCACUGCGCGUUCCAUGGGCUUGAAGCAGCUGCCCACGCUGCAGGCGCGCAAGCAGAAGGCCUUGCAACAGGAGCUGGGCAGCGAUAAGCUGCGUCUGAAGAGCGAGAGUCGUGACUCGGUUUACUCUGCCAAGUCGGAUACGGUCUAUGAGCACUUGCAGCGUCAGACCCAGGAGGCGGAGGAGCAGCCCAUUGACUAUGCUGCCAAGUAUAGUGAGGGCGGCAAGGCAAAGGUUGCAGCAGCUGUGGCUGCGACAACUGGCAGCACAUAUCAGGAGACCGACUUGGAUCAGCCUACGGAUUUUAGUCUGCGCUAUGCCGAAGCUGCCAAGACCAGCGAUGCCAGCACAGCUCCAGAGAUUUUGCUGCUAAUCGAGGACAGCGUCAAGUGUUAUCAGACUGAGGAUACGCCCUAUGUUAUUUCAAAUGCGGCGUCUAUCACGGAUUUGCGCCAGGUGACAGCCAAGACGGAACCGGAGCAGACCCCCAAGCUGGAGUCGCCCACUAAACCCAAUUCCGCCUUGGAAACACCUUUGAUGUUUUCACGCCGCAGCUCCAUGGACUCGCUGGAUGUGGAUGUGGCCAAUUGCGAUGAGGACAAGAGCUCUGUGGUCAGCGAUUUCAGUCGCUUGGCCAGCGGUGUCAUUUCACCCUCGGAGCUGCCGGAUUCGCCCACGCAAUCUAUGCCGCAGUCACCGCGACGCAUCAGCGCUCCCAGCUCCAAGCCGCUGCGCAGCGUCUUCACCGAUGAACUGAGCAGUUUCCAUGUGGAGCACACUCCGGCCCAGUUUUCCAAUUGCACCAGUUUGAGCAAUCUGAGCAUUGUGGAUGAGCCAAAGCUGGAGGAGCAACAGUCGGAGCAUGCCAAGCCACCGGUACUGGAAGAGGAGACUACGCGUAGCUAUUGCACCGAGGAUACGCCUGCCUUGCGCUCCAAGCUGGGCAGCCAGAGUAACCUCUGCUCUGCUGCCGAAGACACCGAAGUCUCCUCAAAUGCUUCUGACGCAGGUGCGCAUCUGUUGCAGCAAUGCAUACGCGUGGGCAUGCAACAGCCUGCAGUCGCAGCCGCAGCCGCUGCCUCUGCAUCCGCCGCCGCCUCCAUUGCUGUAGAGGAUCCCAUUGCCAUGCUGCGUCGCGGCGGCAAUGUGCUGCCCGCCUAUUUGCCCGUCUGCGAUGAGAUGAGCAAAUAUCUGGUGGAGGAUAGUCCCUGCAAUUUCUCUGUCGUCUCGGGCUUGUCCAAUCUCACAGUGGGCUCUAGUCUGGUGGGCCCUGCGCUUCAGUUGCAGGACACCAAGGUCCCUGAGCACGCCGCUAAAGCAGUCGCUGCUCCGCCUGCGGAGGCUGCGGUCGCCGCUUGGCAGGAUGAUUCCUUGAGCUCCUUGUCUAUUGACUCUGAAGAUGAUACCAACCUGCUGAGUCAGGCAAUCGCUGCUGGUUGCAAUCGACCGAAGUCGAAUCUUGGCUACAGCUCCAAACGUUCCAGUUCGCUAAGCAAAUUGGAAAUGCCACUGGAGCCAAUGACGUCCAACCAGAGAGCAUCCACUGUGUUAGCAAGCGGCGCCGCUCGCAAGCAGCAGACGCAAACGCAACAGGAUUACUACAGCUCGGUGGACUCCAGUGACUCGAACGACAAUCAGUCCAAGUCGUUGUUUGAACUGUGCAUACUUAAUGGCAUGUACAAGAGCAAGGAGCCGACCAGGCAAGGAUUGCAGCAGCAUAAGGAGCAACAACAAUUUGAUUCGCUGCCUGUGCAGCUGCCGGCGCAGUCUGUCGGCAAGCGGCAGCGCAGUCAUCACCACCACCAUCAUCAUCAUCAGCAGCAGCAGCAGCAUCCACACCAAAGGGAACGUGAGCGCAAGGAUGAGAAAUUGUUGCAGGAGUGCAUCAAUACGGGAAUCACAAAGAAGCUUAACCAAGCCGUGCCAAAAAACGGGCCAGCUACGUCUGCAGCUGCAUUGGAACAGUCUCACCCAAUGGCAGCUACUACAUCAGCCGGCAACAGUGCCAGCAGCACAGCAGCUCCAGACGUAGAGCCCAAGAGCCACCAACAACAACAACAACCACAGGAACAGCAACAGCAACAGGAGCUGUUUCCUCUCAACGACGCCAAAGACAUCGACGUCGCAGCAGUCGACGAAAGUCCAGCUCCAAGUCGCGUGAGCACUCCGACUCUGAGCGAUAUUGGGUCUAAGGAUAGUCAAUCAAGUGAUGAGUCAAAUCAAAGUUUUAUACUGCAGCUAGACGCAGUGCAGCAGCAGCAAUCCCAGCAAGCCUCAAGCCAGACAGAUAAGCAUAAGGAUCCAGAUCUAAUGCUUAAGUCUGUAGAGCGUCUAACCCUGGAAUUUGUUACGUCCGCGGAGCAGCUGCGAACCAAUUCCAACUCACACUCCCAGUCCCACUCCCACUCCCAUUGUCAGUCCAAUACCAACCACACCUGGACGGAGCAUAGCUGCCCCAAUGAUGUUAGCUUUCCCAGCGUGAGCCAAUCUCCGCCUAUCCUCGCCGAGCUUAGCGUGGAUGAUGAUGUGACCGAGGCGGACUAUUCAGAGAUGACUGCCACGCCCACUCAGCGCAGCAGUCUGAACUUUGAACUGGGUGGCGCUGUGCGCAGCAGCGAGCAGGCAGCGGCACGUCCACUCUUAUUUAAUGGCACCAGCGCCUCCAUUCUGAGUCAAUCCACUCUGAUAGCUUACGAAGCGCAGGUGCUGGCGGAGCAGCUGGAGCAGGAGCAACACGAUGAACCCCUGACUUUUAGCAUUAACAAUAGCUUGGAUUUGGAUCAGGUGCGUCCGCCCUCGGGCAUGGAGUCGCUAAACUCUGCCUGCAAUACGCAGCCCAGUUCCCUGCGUCUGCCCAGCAAGUCACCGAGAUUUGCGCGCAAGGCGCUGCCGGCCGCACUACUGGCGCGGAGAGCUUUGGGACAGCUGGCGGGCAGCGCCGAAAGCAUUAACUCCAGCUGCAAUCUGCUGGACAACAUUAAGCCGCCAUCGUUAAUGGACGAGCUGCUGGACUCCAUGCUGAGUGUGGAGAGCAUACAAUCGGAGCUGGCUGACGGCAGUCUGGCCACAACUAUAUCAGUGUCCAACUAUGAGACGGCUGCCUGCGAGGACAACACAUUGCUGCAGAGCUGCCAGGAUGAGGAGGACUUUGAGGAGGAUGCCACUAUGAAUGAGGACUUUAGCUCCGCCGAGUCCACACCCAAGCAGAGCAGCACACCCUCGCCUGGCGGCAGACGCACCUUGACGCCCCGAGAGAAGCGUCGCCUGGCCAAGGAGCGCUACAAGACUUAUACCAUCAGCAGCAAUGAAACACUUCAGCUGGAGCUGGUAGCAACAGAGCAGGAGUUACCGCUGGACAUGCCCACAACGCCACGACAGAAUCGCAGGCGCGGCAGCGCGGAGCGAUACAAGACGCAGUUGAUCGAGUGUCCACGUGAGCUGCUGCAGCAAGACAUGCGCGCCAUGAUGCAGCAGUUUACCUACAUAUCGGAUAUAGAUAUUGGCCAGCCAGAGCAACUGCAGCAAGCAGUGCAAGAGCCGGUGACUGAAGCUCGCCAAGCGACGCCGCCGCCGCCGCCGACACCGCCGUCGCCAGCUAAACUUCCCGAAGCUGCAGUCAAAGUGGUGCGUGGACGCAAGAAGCCAGCCUAUGUCUCACCCUACAGCAUGCAGAGUCAGCGCAGUAGCAGUGCCGCCGCCGCCGCUGCCUCAGCAGCGAACAAACAGAAAACGCUGUCGCCCACUAUAGCCAAGCGCAGUGUGUUAACCGCACAACGUUUGCCCCUUAAGAAGAAGCCAGCAGCGCAGUCAAAGCCAGCAGCGCCGUCAGCGCCAGCACCAGCCCCACGUUUGGAGCGUCAGGGCACGUUUGUGAAGGAUGAGCCCACAAACAGCAAUGUCCAAGUGCCCAUUGUAGAGGCAAUUAGUCCCACAAAGGCAACGCCCACAAGCAAGUUGCCCACCAAACGCACAACUGCAGUCAAGAGCGCCAACGCCUCUCCCAAGCGCUCGCUGCCGCCACAACAACAACAACGCGCUAAUACAAGCAUACGUAUCGCUAGCGCCAAAGCCGCUGCCGCGUCGCGAGUUGCAGCGCAGUCAGCACGCGUGUCGGCGACGACGCCGCCGUCGCGCAGUAAUUCAAACUUAAGCGGCGGCAGCGCUGCUGCUAAAAUAAAUCAAGCUCAAAGUCGCAUCGCCAACAUCUGGAAGCGCGUAGACGAGGUCAAGGGCAAAUCAAAGACAACGCCUAACGUAACGGCAAGUAAGAGUAGUAAAGUCAAUGCCAAGCCCAAGCCUUUGGCAAAUAAAACAAACUCAACGCAGGCUCUAAAUGCAGCGCCAGCGCCGCUGCUGCGCAGCUCUACAUUUGAUAAUACUCCGCCAGUGGGCAUAUCCAAGUCCAAGCUACCCAUGCGCAAAUAAAGGAACACACACACACACACACAUUAAUACGCAGUCAGCGCUAGCCAAAUCUAUAUAAACUUAGCUUAUAUACAACUAUACAGUUAGUUACUUAUAUAACAAAUUUUUAUAUAUGUAUCAACAAACUCCAUUUACGUAGUCGUAAUUUUUCCUUUGGCUUCCUUUGAAAAACCAAACCAAAUAUUAUUUUUGUCACAAGAAAUGUUUAAAGAAUUUUUAUUUAUUAUUUUAAUGCUAUAAUCCUUGAUAUUAGCAACUCUUAGUCACUGGCUUCUUAAGUAUUCUGAGCUGAGUUACAACAAAGAUUAUAAUAUUAUAUAAUUAUAAAGUGUAUUCAAUUUUA